AUGUCUGAGCUACUGAGGAGAGAAACAUUACGAAAAAGAAAUCUUUUCCAAAGUGUACGCCAAGAUGAUGAACUUGAAAUCCCAUUCUGGGAUAUUGUCGUCAUUACCGCGUCUGAUAGUGAACAAGAAGUGGCUUAUAUGGCUCAAUUGCAGGCGAAAAUGGGGUGUGAACUACCGGCAUCAGUCAAGUAUCAUGUCUUCCCUGAUCCUGUUGGUUUAAAGAUCGGCAAUGGUGGAUCGACUAUGGCUGCUCUUGAUAAUCUAGAACAGAUAUAUGGCAAAGAAUUGGAUAAUUAUAAGGUCUUGAUGAUCCAUGCUGGUGGCUAUAGUCAAAGAUUGCCUAGCGCUAGUGUGUUAGGAAAAAUAUUUACGGCUUUACCAUUUGGAAAUCCUCUAUAUCAAAUGAUUGAAGCAAAACUGAUGAUGUACAUUGAUUUUCCUUCACGAAUGAAAGCUGGAGUUUUUGUAACUUGCGCCGAUGACAUCGAAUUAUUUACUAUCGAUGGAAACUGGGAUUUUUAUCAACCAGGAUUUACUGCUCUAGGCCAUCCUUCUCCGUUAAAAAUUGGUACUACUCACGGUGUUUUUGUGUUAAAUGCAGAAGACAAUAAAAGUGACUCCGAAUUUAGCGUUCAAUCGGCUAAAUGUCGUCGUUUUCUACACAAGCCUAGUAUUGAAGUAAUGCAUCGGGAAGGAGCUGUGGUUGAUGCCGAUACCGUCUUUACUGAUAGUGCUUACUUUAUGGACCGGAAUACUGCUAAACUUCUACUAAAGUACUACCUCAAUCAUCGACCUUUACAAUGCGAAAUCGAUGCUUAUGGUGAUUUCUUACAAGCUCUAGGAUCUGAAGCCAACGAUGACUAUACUCAUAACACCAGCAAUAUCACAGACGUAACCGAGACGAUCGUUCAGACUAGAAAGGAAAUUUUUCAGUGGCUAAAAGGCACUCAACUGAAUGUUUUGUUGUUUAAAAAUUCAGUUUUUUAUCAUAUUGGCACAACGUUGGAAUAUCUCAAUCAUUACUGCAAUAAUACUGAUUUCCAAUAUGAAUUAAGCUGUCACCCGAUGGUAAUGACUGUGGGCAAAAAUGCUCUUACUGAUGCAUCAUGUCCUGAAGUUGGCUCACGAUGUAGCAUUAUACACUCUAAAAUUGGCAAAAAUGUUCAAUUGUAUGGUGAAAGCAUCGUCGAAUAUUGCUUAAUCGAAAAUGACGUAACGAUCCAGCCGAAUUGCAUCUUAAGUAAUAUUCAUUUAUCAUCCAAUCUGACAGUUCCAGAAAAUUCCUUUCUCCAUAGUGUGGCAGUGAAACAAGGAACACAAAAAUAUUUUGUAACUGUUGCCUACUCUGUUGGAGAUAAUAUUAAGAAAUAUACAUCAAAUAUAUCACAACUAGAUACAUUGAAUUAUGCUGGACGAAAGAUAAGUCAUGUUAUUCGUAAUGUUUUAAAUUUAAAUCCUGCAGAUAUCUGGACGAAUGGAACCAAAAUCGAUUUGUGGCACGCUAAGUUAUUUCCAUCAUAUAAGUCACAUCGAGAUUCUGUUGAAUUCGCAGUUAAAAUGCUAAAUUAUGUGCAAACUGAUCGUAGAAUAGAUUUAGAUAGCAUACCAAAUCGACUAUCCAUGGCAGAUGUGAUCAAACAAAAAGAUGUUUUAAGCAUUUUAAAUUAUCGACGUGACCUGAAAGCAAUGGUCAUAAGUUGA